AUGCAGCCCGCAAACGAUCUCAAGGGCAUCAUCUGCCAGUCUCCACCCGUCGACGUGAGCAAGCCUUACGACGCUUCAACUCUCAAGGACAAAACAAUUGUUAUUACCGGAGGUGCCAAUGGACUGGGAUCCCACAUGGUUCGUGAGUGGGCUUCCCACGGCGCGAAUAUCAUCAUCGGCGAUGUUGCCGAUGCAGCUGGCGAGGAGCUUGUAGCUUCACUCACAGCUCAAUAUCCAGACUCAGCUUUCGCCUUCCAACACUGCGAUGUCACCGAUUGGGAUUCCCAAGUCAGUCUGUUUGAGACAGCUGUUCAUGUCAGCCCCCAUGGCGGAAUCGACAUCGUGGUUCCCAACGCGGGCAUCAUCCUCCCCGACGUUUCGAUGCAGUUCGAGGAGCCUGUUCUCAAGAAUGGCCGUCUUCCCAAGCCCGACACGAAGCAGUUUGAUGUCAACAUCACCGGUGCUACCUACACCACUCACCUCGCUCUCUACUGGUUGCCUCAGAAUGGAUCUUCUCCUCGUGAUCGCUGCCUUCUUCUGGUCGGCUCACUCGCAUCUCUCUGCCCCUUCCCCACUCAGACCAUGUAUGCGAUGAGCAAGCAUGCCAUCCUCGGCCUUUUCCGCACUCUUCGUUCGACGUCUUUCCGGAGCGGUGUCCGCGUGAACAUGAUCACGCCUUACUACGUCUCAAAGUCCAACAUGCUCAAGCUGCCCGUCGAAGUGGCCUUCCUCUCUGGCACUGCAGGCGGAGCCAUGAUCGAGGAUGUCAUCGACGCUGCCACACGCCUCAUUGCCGACGAAGAGAUUGCCGGCCGUGCUCUCUGCAUUGGUCCCAGGCUCAAAUCGGCUGGUGUCGAGGGCGUUGAGGACGAGGACGACUUCAUGAUUGUACAAGAGCAUGAGAACAACGGGCAGGGCCGAGCCGUGUGGGAAUGUUAUGCUGGAGAUUUUGACAACACCGAUGCAUUCACGAAGCGAUACAUUUUGUUGCUGAAUGCUGCUGAACGAGUCAAAGGAUGGUUUGGUAUCUUCACUGACAUCUGGGGCAUGCUUCGUCGCAAGUAA